UGCACACGGCAUAGCCCGACAAGUGACCCACAGCCUGCACCAUGUCUAUGAUCUUCGAUGAGUAUGGGAGACCUUUUAUUAUCCUGCGGGAGCAACAGGCACAGGCUAGGAUACGCGGAAAAGAAGCGCAGAAGACAAACAUCUUGGCGGCCCGAAGCGUGAGCAACAUCCUCCGGUCCUCCCUGGGCCCCAAGGGGAUGGAUAAGAUGCUCGUCAGCCCGGACGGCGACGUGACCAUCAGCAACGACGGAGCCACCAUCCUCGACAAGAUGCAGGUCGAGCACCAGGUAGCGCGAUUGCUGGUGGAGCUCUCUCAGUCACAAGACGAUGAGAUCGGGGACGGAACUACUGGCGUGGUGGUAAUGGCGGGGGCGUUGCUGGAGCAGGCGGAAAAACUGCUGGACAGGGGGAUCCACCCCGUGCGCAUAGGGGAAGGCUUCGACCGCGCGUGCCAGACUGCGGUGGAGCACUUGGAGAAGAUCGCGGACGCCGUGGAAUUCUCCAGGGACAACACCGAGCCGCUGGUGACGACCGCGAUGACGACGCUGAGCUCCAAGAUCAUCAACGUCCACAAGCAGAAGAUGGCCAAGAUUGCCGUGGACGCGGUCAUGGCUGUGGCUAACCUAGAGAGGAACGACGUCAACUUCGACAUGAUCAAGGUUGACGGAAAACCGGGGGGCGAGCUGGGCGACACGGAACUGAUCCACGGUAUCGUCAUCGACAAGGAGUUCUCUCACGCACAGAUGCCCAAGGUCGUGAAGGACGCGAAGCUGUGCCUCCUGACGUGUCCCUUCGAGCCGCCCAAGCCGAAGACGAAGCACAAGCUGGACAUCACAUCUAAGGACGCCUACGAGAAGCUGUUCGAGCGGGAACAGAAGUACUUCGCGGACAUGGUGCAGCAGUGCAAGGACGUGGGAACCAACCUGGUGAUCUGCCAGUGGGGCUUCGAUGACGAAGCGAACCACUUGCUGCUCCAGAACCAACUGCCGGCCGUACGGUGGGUCGGGGGGGUGGAGCUGGAGCUCAUCGCGAUCGCCACGGGAGCUCGUAUCGUGCCCCGAUUCAGCGAGCUGACGGGAGAGAAGCUGGGGAAGGCCGGCGCGGUCCGCGAGGUGUCCUUCGGCACCACCAAGGACCGCAUGCUGGUCAUCGAGGACUGCUCCAACUCGUCGGCGGUGACGGUGCUCGUGCGGGGGGGCAACAAGAUGAUUGUGGAGGAGGCGAAGCGGUCGUUGCACGACGCUAUGUGCGUGGUGCGGAACCUGAUCAAGGACAAGCGCAUCGUGUACGGCGGAGGGUCGGCGGAGAUCAGCUGCAGCGUGGCGGUGUCCCGCAUGGCGGACGAGAUCAAGGGGGUCGAGCAGUACGCCGUCCGGAGCUUCGCGGACGCUUUGGACGACGUCCCCAUGGCCCUGGCCGAAAACUCGGGCCUGUCUCCCAUCACCGAGCUCUCGGCUGUGAAGUCGAGGCAGAUCGCGGAGGGAAUCACCUCCCUGGGGAUCGACUGCAACCAGGUGGGCACGUGCGACAUGAAGGAGCAGGGGAUCUUCGAGACGCUGAUCGGGAAGCAGCAGCAGCUCCUUCUAGCAACGCAGGUCGUCAAGAUGAUCCUCAAGGUCGACGACGUUAUCAUGAUGGGCAACUACGAGUGAUGAUGAUUAAGAUGGUUCUGUUGAAGAUCCGUGUCACAGUAGGUUCAGCGUUUUUGUCUGACCACUGUUUUUGUGACCCUGUGGGCGGGGGGGUAUUGUAACGACGAGCAAGAUAAUUGACUACGGAUGGCGAGGUUCGAUGACGAUGACCCGGUCAUAACAUGACAUAUACCUGUGGUGGUGGUUUUCGGCGGGAGGGGGGGGGAGGUGCAUAUUCCCGGACAUGGGAUAUUCUCGACGAAUCGCCGGGAUUCAAACGGUUGGUGUGAUUUCGAUCGCUGUCUUGGUUGUGUAAUAACGACGUCUGGCCUAAGCGUGCGCGGGUCUCUCUCUCUCUCUCCCUCUCUCUCUCUCUGCGUGAAGAA